GGGAGAAGUGGGCUGACCUGGGGGCUGAGCUCGGCAUCCGGAGGCAUUUAUAAGCUGGGGCACUAGACGGCUCAGCAGCACGAGCUUUCUCCUGCCCCCGCCUGCUCUCUGGCCUCCAGCUCUCCCGGCAGCAUGGCCUUCACCGGCAAGUACGAGAUCGAGAGUGAGAAGAACUACGAUGAGUUCAUGAAGCACAUUGGGAUCCCCAGCGAGACUAUCGAAAAGGGCCGAAACUUCAAGAUCAUCUCGGAGGUGCAGCAGGACGGGCAGAACUUCACCUGGUCCCAGCACUACCCCGGGGGCCACUCCAUCACCAACAAGUUCACCAUCGGCAAGGAGUGUGACAUGGAGACUGUGGGGGGCAAGAAGUUCAAGGCCACCGUGCAGAUGGAGGGUGGGAAGCUGACAGUGGACUCCCCCAACUUUCACUUUUCCUCAGAGAUUAUGGGGGACAAGCUGGUGGAGACAUCCACGGUCGGGGGCGUGACCUACGAGCGCGUGAGCAAGAGGCUGGCCUGAGCAAGCAGGCGGGGCUCCGAGGGGGCUACAGAGCCACCAAUAAAGCUGGGAUCAGAACAGACGUUCUGCUCGCCCCAGAA